CUCCACAAAUUUUGCAAAUAUAUAAUAUCGGCUUUAUGUAUAUUUAGCUUGACGGAUCACAUGUAAAUCUUUAGUUACAUAAGCAAGAAAGCGAGUAUCAUGAGCUUGUGUUGAUAGAAAGAGUUAUUCGCGAAGAUGGUCAGGAUAACGUAUACCUGCAGAAGUGCACUUCUUCAAGUCAGAGGUUUGCACACUGCAGCAAUUCAAAAUGCUGAAGCCAGAUUGAAGACUUUUUCAAUUUAUCGUUGGAAUCCAGAUAAGCCUGAUGAAAAACCAUACAUGCAAAAAUAUAAAGUUGAUCUGAAUGGUUGUGGACCGAUGGUGCUGGACGCAUUGAUUAAAAUAAAAAAUGAGAUGGAUCCAACUUUGACAUUCCGUCGUUCUUGUCGUGAAGGUAUCUGUGGAUCUUGUGCUAUGAAUAUCGGAGGAACAAACACACUGGCAUGUAUCAGCAAAAUUGAUAAAAAUACAAGUACAUCAUGUGACGUUUAUCCCUUACCACAUAUGUAUAUUGUCAAGGAUUUGGUGCCAGAUUUAAACAAUUUUUAUGAUCAAUAUCGCAGUAUACAACCUUGGCUCCAGCGUAAAGAUGCAAAGCAAGUUGGUAAUCAACAGUAUUUGCAGAGUGUAGAAGACCGAAAAAAAUUGGAUGGUCUCUAUGAAUGUAUUCUUUGUGCUUGCUGCAGUACUUCUUGCCCUUCCUACUGGUGGAAUGGUGAUAAAUAUUUAGGCCCUGCAGUACUUAUGCAAGCUUAUAGAUGGAUUAUUGACUCGCGAGAUACUCAAACGAAUGAGCGUCUAGAGAAACUGAAGGACCCAUUUUCAGUUUAUCGCUGUCACACAAUUAUGAAUUGUACACGUACUUGCCCAAAAGGUCUGAAUCCUGGAAAGGCAAUAGCUGAAAUAAAGAAGUUGCUAGCUAAUAUUAGUCAGAAACCAAAACCAGAACUUAGUGCGACAGCCUCUCCAUAGUCAAGGGAAAACAGGUAGAAGCAAUGAGUACUUUUCAAAGAUGUAUUUGAAUGAAAGAAUUCAAACUUUUCAAUACACGGAAGAUUCAAACUUCUUAGAAGUAUUAUUCUAGCUCUAUAAA